GAACACGGUCACUGAUUCUGAAGACUACGAUCUACACGGCGGUAAAGAUGGUGAUGUAAAUUCAUCUCGAAGACGUCGCAGCUCGUUGCAGAGGAGCAGGCACGACCAGAUUCAAACGGCUGGAGCCGCAGUGUUGGCUGGCUUAAGUUGCAACUACUACAUGCGGAACAGGCUGAGCGAAAGAAGUGGGAGUGAUUCGGAGGAUUUGUACGAUGACAACACAGCAGAGAGACUCUCGAUCGAGGAUGGUAAAGUUUGUGAAGAUGAGAACAACCCUUCAGCACCAGAACAUCAAGGACAUCACCCUAAACCCUUGCACAGCAGCAGAAGUUGCGCCACCAGUACGACAACGCAGAUCGCCACAGCUGGUGCAGAACCAGCGGCAGAAGAGGAUUCGGCGAGGGUCAGCGAACAGUCUACCGCGGAAGUUAUCGACGACGGAGCAUUUUCGUCGACGAAAAAUGGUGGAAACGAGACGGCGAACGAGGACACAACGUGCCCCACGACGUCGACGACCAAGUCCAGUUCCUCGGACUUGGACACGUGCUCUCACGACGACGACGAAAUUAUCGGCGACCGAAAAUCAGUCUCGUCAACCGGGUCAAGCCUGCGCUCCGCGGAAGACAUCCACGCCAUGGUGCGCCCGGAAGCGACGACGGACGACGAGCAGUCUCUAUUCGGCAACACAUUACUUGCUUCCGGUGCAGUUCCUGCUGCGAUUUCCGACAAUCUUCCCGAUGUGACAGCGUCUACUCCUGAGGGGGGACGAGCAACAAGGAGCAAUAGCAAGAGCACGGCUUUGACCGAAGCGCAACUCCAGGUCGUCCAGGAGCAACUGAAUAAUGGGAGGCAAGGACUGCAAGUUGGCGCGGUUUCUUGUUUUAACAGCAACAAUUACGAAGAUCCGAUGAACAAUAACAAUCACCCGCAAUCCUGUGCGCCCCAGAGACACGAUCCCGCGUUUGUGUCCGAGAUGAUGCGCGGCGGUGAGAACAGAAUACAAACUACCGCAAGUAGGACGAACUGCCUCUUCUCCUCUGCUUCCCAAGUCGGUCGAACCAGGAGUGCGUCGAGUAAGAGGUCGAAGUACACAAACAAGUUCGGCAUCACAAUUGGCGGUGUUGACCAUGCAGCAGUCGGCUCUUCUCGCGCCGCUGGCAAUGGAGAUGGUACAACUGUCGUAGGAGUGCAAAUAAAUUCAUCUUCAAGGAAAAACAAAACGCCCGCCUGGGCGACCCCUACGAACCGGAGUUCCUAUGUACCCAAAAUCAUGCCGUAUCGGUACAGCAGGAGUGCGUCAGGGAGUAAGAGCUCCUCGAAGAGCAACACGCCAAAGAGCUUCACUGCGCAGCGACAGACGAGCGGCGGUUGUUCAAAUUCGACCAUAAUGGGCGGGGGCAGCACAGAAGCUAGACAGCCUGAAAACCAGAGUUCUUCCUGGACGUCUUCGCUUUGGAGCAAGUUUUCGUCGCAGUUUGCAGCUACAACGAAGGAAAACACAACACAACAUGAAUCUGCAGACGUCAUCACGACCACAUUCGACCAAUACGCAACGGACAGUACGAAGGCGCCGACAACGGUGUUCAGUUCGAGCGGUAGCUCCUCCAGCAGCAGCUCCAGCUCUGUCAACCGAGGUGCCUUGGUUUCUCGAGGACAGUACAAGGCCCACCACCGGUCCCGACCCGCGAACAAGUUCGAACACCAGUUCGCCACCUCCACCUCUAUGCUCCACUACUUCAAGCAGCAGGUGAUCGGGCGCGACAGCAGCUCCAGCGGUCGCGACUCCUGGUCCAGUAGCACCAGCAGCCAAGAGAGCUGUACUGCGCAUCAAAACCGAAAACGCGCGGAUGGCCAGGCCUUCGCUCCUGGGGGCCCCUCGGAAUUCGACCCACCGUCGUCCUCUGCUUCAUCCUCUUCCAGCAGCUCGAGUUCUUGCGCGUCAAACAGCUCCAAUGCGGAAGAGAUGCAGCAGUUGACUGGGAAUGAGGAAACGGAGAUCGACGAACACGAGCUGUUCACUCCCAGAACCGCCGCGAGGUUCCGGGGCCGAGUGCGGGAGAAGGCAAAUCAACUUGGCGGAAACAAGAAACAGAAAACCGUGGGAGCGAUGGUGGGAAACGUGGUCCGUUUCACGCCGCACUGCGGCAGGGUAUUAAGUGACACCUCGACCUCCUCUACGGAAAGUUGCGCUGCAGGAGGAGAGCAUCGAAGUACCAAGGACGCCGGGGUACUAAAGAAUGCUGAUUGUUCAGGAGCAGGAGGACGGGGAAUAUUAAUGCCGAGUGGUCGCGCUGCAGCGUACGGAGAGGGCGACCCCGCAGACGACGAAGCUGAGGACGAGGCGGGCAAGAUGCAAAGCAAACCGCCCACGGUGGAGAGCCUGACGCCGCGCAUCAAGAACAUUUCGGAGUCGCGAAGACAGCAGCUGCAGGAAAUCAUCAAGGCAGGGCAAAGCUUGAAGGAACUGAAGAAACGAAAUCAUGGAAACGAAACUUCCAGCACUGCGCUGAAAGGAGGCUAUAGUACUCUUGGUACGACCAUGACUGGAGCCUCUCCCACCUCCGGAAGAGGCGGCGCAGCGGGUCGUGAUAGUUCUGAAAUGGGGGUCAUGCACCAGCAUGGAAAUACAAGUAGCGCUAAUGGUAAUGCCACAACACCUCAUAUGCCGCGCACGAAGACUCUGAGCACAGACGGUGAUCGGUCCUGCAGGAACAAGAACAGCAUUUCGCUUUCGGGUCUCCAGAUGACACCGAAAUCGUCUAUGAAAGAGUCCGACUCGGUGAGUUGCCAUCAUUCGAACAGUUCGUCGCACCAAUAUAUCAAAUGUAAAAAUGUCUGGGUCUGGAAGAUUGCCAGGUUUGUCAUGUACAUUUUGCAUGACUCCUCAAGUCUGUGACGCAUGCCCUAGCAUCACAGAUUUUCAGAGGACUUCCUGAAGCCUAUUCCGCAUGACAAACGCUCUUUCCGUGUUGCAAAAUUUGGACUCUCUGUGCUGCUCAUGCAAUACAGAUUUUUUUAGAAUCCAAAAUCAGCAUGACAAGUUGGAUUCUUCCAGACCCAGACAUUUUUACAGUUGAUACAAUACAAGGACUUCUCAAAUGGAGGCUCCACCUCCACUUCUCCUCGGUACACCAUGUCGAACCGGACCAUAUGAACUGCAAAAGUAUCGUAUUCGUAGUAUUGCAAUACAAAUUAGCUCAGCAUGACAAAUGAUAUUUCUCAUGCUGAUUUAGCUUGAAGCUGAAAUGUGUCUUGCAUGACUGCGAUUAGUACGAGUACGAUACUUUUGCACUGCAUAGACCAACAGCAACUGCAAUACCAACAGCACCAGCGGGUCCACAACCGAGGUCGUAGUGAUCCGACAAAACCCAGACGGUACCACACAGCAAGAGGUCGUUACGCAGCCGCGGGUGAAGAAGAUCCAGAUGUUGGCCGGAGCAUCUUCUCCAUCAGGUUGCACGCAGGACCUCCGGCAGGAGGAGCGCAAUGCUGUCGCCGUUUCAGCACAGGAGCUGAACCCUGUCGGCAGGAAGCCCGGCGCCACGAACAGUAAGCACGAAGAUGCGAGCACAGAACCCACCAGGACACCACGGAGUAACAGCACGGCCCGGUUCCGAGAUCUGGAGAGCUCUAGCAGCUGCUCCAGUGUGCAGGAUCAAACACCGGUGAACAGCCAGAUUGCCGUCUACACGACAGGUCUGGGGUGUGCUGGUGUAGCCGGGGGGCUGCAGCAUCCAGGAAUGGGUAUGAUGGUGAACAAUAGUACCCAUGUAGAAGUUGCGCCAGGGAUGCAGAUGGUGCACCAAAUGCACAACUUGCAUAUGCAUCACUCCAGUGCUGGCAUGAACUUCGGAAUGAACGCAGGUGUUGGCAGCAGCUCUCAACAUCCACAUCCUCACGGCCAUGGUCAACAACACCAACAUCAGCAUCAUUCACACAGCGACUACCUGGACGAAAGCCCGAUGUCGGUGCUGAGCCAGCAGAGCAAUCGGCCACCUCACGUCGUCGAGCACUUCGUCAAGAAGGCGUCAUCUUUUUUUGGGGUGAAUGCGCCUGCGACCAUGUUGACAAGCGCUGCAGGGGGAGGGAGCAGAACUACUGGCACGUCGCACAUGCAGCAGCAAGUAGUAGAUCCUCUGCCAACUAGCAAUAGUGUCGAUGAAACAAGAAGUGCAGGUCCGGACCUGCUGAGGACGCCGACUCCAGUGUCCAAAAAAUCCAACUUGUCCAGCCGGGUUCAGCAGCAGGAGAGCGUCGAGCUUUUCGACCGACCCAGCCCGCAGACGGCGCGGCCAGCGAAGCAGGUACGAGGUUCUGGCAAGGGAAUAAAUAGUUGCUGCUCAACAUCGCCAAAAAGUGGUGCAAAAAGCAUAAGCAACGGAUCAACGUCGGGCGUUCGGAGGGUGCUGUUGAGCAACGAGCACCAGCAUGAUACCGAAAGACAUCACAACAGCGUUCCUCUUAAACAAGCGCCGACCCCGCAGCAGCUCAGUGCAGAAAACAUUCGGCAGUGGGAAAGCAUAAACAAGAGCCAGACUGUCCACCAGCAGCAAAUGCAAUUGCAAAAGAACCAUCAAAACGCCAACUCUUCAGUUACCCGAAAGCUCACCUCGCGGUCGCUGCAGAACUUGAAUCUGCAACAGGGCGGGACGCGUGCCAUCGGCUUGAACCAUGCCCGAAUUGCGAUGGCCGUCGACCGCGCGGACAAGACCACCGCAGCUCAGCUGAAUAUGAACCCUAGAGGAAUGUUGAUGAACGCAGCUGGCGGUAGUACAACAAGUGCUCCUAACUGCGGCGCAGGUGCUGGUGCCACCGGCUCCUCCACCUGUGGGAUGAACAGGUUUCAACAAUGCGGAUCCUCCAGCGGAAGUCAAUCCUGCCCGCACCACCGCAGCGCCACGUUGGGUCGGCACAUCAAUCCAACACACGGUGCUCACCAGCUGCACAACAGAAACGAUUUUCGGAACCGCCAGCAGCUUUUGUCCAGCAUCAACGAAUAUCAAAUGCAAAAAUGUCUGGGUCUGGAUGAUUGCAACUUGUCAUGCUAAAUCUGAAUCAGGCAAAAACUUGUGUUGCAUGAUUGCCAAAAGUUGUGCACUUUUGACCUAAUCGAGAGGCAGUUUCUCAUGCAGGAUAGGCAUUCGAAAGGUCUCGCAGAAUCUGUCAUGCUAAGUCCUACAUGCCAGACCUCAUGGGUCAUGGAAGACCUGCAUGACAAAUCAGGCAAUCUUCCAGACCCAGACAUUUUUACACUUGAUAACGAAGACGACUACAGCUCGUCCGACGAUUUCAGCAAGCAGGGGGAGAACACAACCUGCUCCCAAAAACUCCAAGCGAAGAGCCCCAACAGCUUGCGCAAGCAGUGUCGCAGCCAGACAGCCGGCGCUUGCUGCCCAGGCGGAGGUUCUGGAAGCAGCAGUUCCACAUCAGGGAAGAACGGCAAGAGCAAUGCGAAUGGCGCGAAACCAGGCAGCUCCUCUGCGAGCUGCAAUCCGCAUGACAGCACGACGACCCGUCGGGGCUCCCGGGCUGCGUCGAGAAGCAGUUCUGAGCGGAGCUCCUUUGCGGUGUGCUUUUCCGAUAGCAGUCACCGAGACUCGCUCUUGCGCGACUUAGAUGAGGUGGACAGCAGGCGGUCGGGCGAGACUGGAAGGGAUAAUUUGCUAGUACACCAUGGCAAUCAACAGAACAUGGCAAACUGCGCGCUGCCGCCUCCGAAAAUCAUUUCCUCAGCGGCAAAUUCCAAGGAAAAUAACGCCGGUAAUCAUGGUGCGACAACGUCGUCGUCGAAGCGGAUCCACCACCUCGGGGGCCACAAGCAUGAAAGCAAGAAGCACCGAAGCGAUCUUCCGAAAGGAACUACACCCCCCUCUUGCCGCGGGGUCGCGCCGGCUUUGUGCAGUAGUGCGAAUUUAGGCACCAAAAUGCGUGUGGGCGGAAUGAGCUUUGUUCCACCUCCGCGCGGCCGCAGUGGGCUAGUGGCGGACGAUGGGGGCGGGCACCACGAGAUGAUGCAAAUGAUCUCUACGACGACUACCAGCACGAGCCACCACGGUUUUCCAAGAGGAGUAGUCCCUUCUGGAGUGAAGCAAAAAGGCUCGGCGGCAACGGAAUUCCUUUUUGUUUGAUGAGAGAGAGGAAAUAUCACCGCACCCUCCGGAGGGGCAGCCCCAGGCUGUGACUUCUAGUAAAAAAGUAGUGCUACGCUUAGCAUGAUCUGCCGAGCAUACGUAAAACCACUGUCAAUACAUGUCAACUUGUCACAAGGGCGCGGUGCGUCAAGAGCGAAGCUGCUUUAAGCCCGAACGACCCGACCACGUUUUAGAUGAUUUAUGAAAACUUUCGAUGCAAAGCAUGUCAAUACGAGGCCUCGACGCAGCAAGCUAUCGAGGUCGUCGUUUAAUACUUGUCAAAGACUAUGCGCCAUUAAUAUUCGAGAUGAGCAAGCUCAAGAAGAUUUAUCACGAGGUCGCGUCUCCUGGAAGCGAUUUUCCAUCGAGAGUCGCUCUCUGGCAUGAUGAUGAUCAAGGAAACUCGUAAAACAAAGGUAGUACUAGAAUUGUUCUUCUUACAAGCAAUAGCAAAGAUUUUUUUCCAUGAAUGACUAUGCGAUGACUCAACCAAAACUUAUAAGAAAGUAGAUACAACUUAAGAUGUUUUCCAUGAGACGGCCGCCAGUGUCGUGUGCAACUUCUUUUGGUACCUGGUUAAAUACCUGUCCAACCGCCGUUGCUGAAUCGUGCGCUGGCGGCUUCUAAACAAGGAAAAGCUGAGCCAACGAAGUGUAGAUACCGUUUGAAGCUAAAAGGUGCCGCAUUGCUUUAUAUUUUUUUUCCAAACUCUUCUAUUGCAGGACGAUGAUAGAUCCACCUAAUGCCGACCUUGGUGCUCCGCCGUGGCAGAGGCCGAGACUCGGAUAGGGAAGACUACAUCAUUUUUUUCUUAUUCUGUAUACAGUAUGCAAACCACUUAUAACAAAUGUAGUUCUUUAUCUUUUCAAAAAAACACAACUGUCAAACGCGCAUCAAGAAUUCUGAUUAUAUGUUUAUGAUUCCAGCACCACCAUAAACAACACGGAAGACGAGAAAGUUUUUGUAGUUUUUCAUCGAGGAUCGUUUUUUUCUGGCAGUCACAUGAGUUUCUUGCCAUAAUACACUAAGUGUACUACUUUCUCAACGCCGUGUGUUUAGUUUUCGAAGAUCAGGCUCCUCGCUCUGCGAGCGAGCCCGAUCAGAUUUUUAAAUGACUACAACGCUUCAGAAAUUGAAAUGCUGCAUAUGCACCACUUGUAUUUAUUUUCUAAAUACUUUUUUAUUUUUUUUUGCCGGCUUAGCUUCCACUAUUCGAGGUUCUGUCCGCUCCUUUUCUUCAUCGCUAUAGAAACUUUACUAUCUAAAUGUCAAUACUCAGAAAAGAUUUUGCAAUCGUCUGAGCCUUCAGAAGGCAAGAAAAUCUAUCCGCGGAAACAUGUUGAGCAGGGAUGGUCGCCAAAACGACUGUCUCUAUGAAGAUUUUUCAUACGCAGACCAUAUUGACUCGUCAUUUCUGAACAAACCGAGCCCGUUCUAGUCAGCGACUACUUCUCUUUCAAUGCGCAAGAACAAGAAGCCUGAGUUUCGCUAUUCCGUUACAUUUAUUGCGGCCGCUAAUUGAAAUAGGGAUGACGGCGCUUCUUUCGAACUACCUGUGAGCAAGCUUGUUGACGAGAAUAUUUUAUUCGCCAGUCGCGGCCAUUGCGUACUACGCAGCAGCCGCUAUCAUAUUUUGUCUCAAAGAGGAACUUGCUUACGGUAGAUCAUGCGCGAGAAAAGAGUCACAACGAUCCACCCUCUUUCUAGAAUCGGUGGGGGUUGAAGUGAUGUUCAUGGUCAACAUUGUGCUUUUUCUAUCCGGAUUGUGAAAUCUCGAUUGAAAAAUUGCGGCGAGAAAACAAGAACAGGCGUAAAGGCCCCCGCUUGAACUAGAAUUUUUCGGAAAACUCUUCACCGCCAGCGGGUGGCGUUUUCAAAAACCUCUUCUUCCGCAAGCGAGGAUUGACAGCACAAUCGGAAACGACAAGGUACAUAUUGAGAAUGAACACUGGUGCGCUGACUAGGGCUAGAACAAGGGCAUUUAUGCAAAAAUGCACGCACCGCUAUAGCAACACUAAAUUAUUUUUUCAGACGUUGCGACGAAGGUUAUUGCUCCGCCUGAAGCAGUAACUCUUUAGAAAUUUUAAAUUACUAGAACGCAUAAAGCAUGCGCACUUCUCCUCAACAGCUUUGCAGCUGCCAAACACGACCCAAAAUGUCAAUACGUAGCUGAUAUACAGCUACUAGGACAAAUUUUCAAACUUAAAUGCAAAUGCAUUUCUUUGAUAAUUUUUUCGAACUUCAUAUUCAUUUUCUCCUGGAUAUAAUAUUUUUCCACGCCACUUUGCAGUGCACAAUUGAUGCAGUGCGGGGAACUGCAGCAAUUCAUACCUGGAAUUAGAAGGCCCAUAACAAUCUACCGCGCAAGGUUGUGAGGAGAAAAUGCUCUGCUUUGAAGAAAAAACAUGUGAAGAUUUUCCUGGUCUCUAACUCUAUCCAUCAUAGUGGUUCUCUACCAUCAGUGCCCUUUUUUGCCAUGCUUCUCUACCAACAUUAACGCCUGCUAGUCAUCCACACAAUCAACAACGAAAACGAAAGAAACUGCUUUGUGCAAUGC